AUAUUUAUUCAAAAUACUUUUACAAUUAAUUUUUUAAAAAUUAUCAAUAGCAAAAUAUGGGACAGAGUCUGUUGACAGGCAGCUGCCCAAAUUUAACUAUGAAAAGCUGUGUAGUGAAUUUUGCAAGCCAAAUGUGGAGCAGUCUUACUUUAUUCUGGUCACAUGCACAUCUGUUUUUGCCCACACCCCCAAAGAGGUCCCGGCCGCGGUUGAAUUUUACCUCAUGGGAAUGAGUUCCCAGAAGGACAACAAUGAAGCUCUCUGGUGGGUGUCUCUGACCUGUGUCUUCCAAGAAAGCCUGAAGGAGACAAGGCAAACCGAUUUUUUCAGUUGAUAUUCACCCUGAUGGGACCAAGUUCGCAACUGGAGGACAAGGGCAGGAUUCUGGGAAGGUUGUGAUCUGGAAUAUGUCUCCAGUCCUCCAGGAGGAUGAUGAGAAGGAUGAAAAUAUUCCCAAGAUGCUUUGCCAGAUGGACAAUCACUUAGCAUGUGUGAACUGUGUGCGGUGGUCAAACAGUGGGAUGUAUUUAGCUUCUGGGGGAGAUGACAAACUGAUUAUGGUGUGGAAGCGGGCUACGUACAUUGGGCCCAGUACUGUGUUCGGCUCCAGUGGUAAACUUGCCAAUGUGGAGCAGUGGCGGUGUGUUUCCAUUCUCCGGAGUCACUCAGGUGAUGUAAUGGAUGUAGCAUGGUCUCCCCAUGAUGCCUGGCUAGCCUCAUGCAGCGUGGAUAACACUGUCGUCAUCUGGAAUGCCGUGAAAUUUCCAGAAAUUCUUGCUACUCUUAGAGGUCAUUCUGGCUUGGUGAAAGGGUUAACAUGGGACCCCGUUGGUAAAUACAUUGCCUCUCAAGCUGAUGACCGCAGUCUGAAGGUGUGGAGGACCCUGGACUGGCAGUUAGAGACCAGCAUCACCAAACCUUUUGAUGAGUGUGGAGGAACGACCCAUGUACUGCGGCUCAGCUGGUCACCUGAUGGGCAUUACCUUGUGUCUGCCCAUGCAAUGAACAAUUCUGGCCCCACUGCCCAGAUCAUCGAACGGGAGGGCUGGAAGACCAACAUGGACUUUGUGGGACACCGGAAAGCUGUAACUGUUGUGAAAUUCAACCCAAAAAUCUUCAAAAAGAAACAGAAGAAUGGGAGUUCUGCAAAGCCCAGCUGCCCUUACUGCUGCUGUGCUGUUGGCAGCAAGGAUCGCUCACUCUCUGUCUGGCUCACGUGUCUGAAACGGCCUUUGGUUGUCAUUCAUGAGCUGUUUGACAAAUCCAUCAUGGAUAUUUCCUGGACUCUGAAUGGGCUGGGCAUCCUGGUGUGCUCCAUGGAUGGCUCUGUGGCAUUCCUCGACUUCUCCCAGGAUGAGCUUGGAGACCCCCUCAGUGAGGAGGAAAAGAGCCGCAUUCACCAGUCCACCUAUGGCAAGAGCCUGGCCAUCAUGACUGAGGCCCAGCUCUCCACAGCUGUCAUCGAGAACCCAGAGAUGCUCAAGUACCAACGGAGGCAGCAACAGCAGCAGUUAGACCAGAAGAGUGCCGCAGCCAGAGAGAUGGGCUCAGCAUCCUCAGUCGCGGGUGUUGUCAACGGGGAGAGUCUGGAAGAUAUUAGGAAGAAUCUUUUGAAGAAACAAGUUGAGACUCGGACAGCAGAUGGUCGAAGAAGAAUCACGCCUCUCUGCAUAGCUCAGCUGGACACUGGGGACUUCUCCACGGCAUUCUUUAACAGCAUCCCACUCUCGGGCUCACUGGCAGGCACCAUGCUCUCCUCUCAUAGCAGUCAGCAGCUACUGCCAUUGGACUCCAGUACCCCCAACUCCUUCGGCGCCUCGAAGCCUUGCACAGAGCCUGUGGCAGCUGCCAGUGCCAGGCCUGCAGGCGAGUCUGUCAGUAAGGACAGUAUGAAUGCUACCUCUACUACUGCUGCAUUGUCACCCUCCGUGUUAACAACCCCGUCCAAGAUUGAACCCAUGAAAGCAUUUGACUCCCGAUUCACAGAGCGGUCCAAAGCCACGCCAGGUGCUCCUUCCUUGACAAGUGUGACUUCGACAGCUGUUGAAAGGUUGAAAGAACAGAAUCUUGUGAAAGAGCUGAGGCCCCGGGAUCUCCUAGAGAGCAGCAGUGACAGUGAUGAAAAGGUCCCCUUGGCUAAGCCAUCCUCAUUAUCCAAGCGAAAACUUGAGCUUGAGGUAGAGACAGUGGAAAAGAAGAAAAAGGGGCGUCCUCGGAAGGACUCCCGUCUCCUGCCCAUGUCUCUGUCUGUCCAGUCUCCAGCCACCCUUACUGCAGAGAAGGAGGCCAUGUGUCUGACUGCACCAGCACUUGCACUGAAGCUGCCAAUACCAGGCCCCCAGAGAGCAUUCACCCUCCAGGUGAGCUCUGACCCCUCCAUGUACAUUGAGGUGGAAAAUGAAGUAACGGCCGUGGGGGGUGUAAAACUGAGCCGACUGAAGUGCAACCGGGAAGGAAAGGAGUGGGAGACAGUGCUCACUAGCCGGAUCCUCACUGCUGCCGGCAGCUGUGAUGUGGUGUGUGUCGCCUGUGAAAAGAGGACGCUGUCGGUGUUCUCCACCUGUGGUCGCCGCCUCCUCCCUCCCAUCCUCCUGCCGUCCCCGAUCUCUACUUUGCACUGCACAGGUUCCUAUGUCAUGGCGCUCACUGCUGCAGCUACACUGUCUGUCUGGGAUGUUCACAGGCAGGUGGUUGUGGUGAAAGAAGAGUCUCUACACUCCAUCUUGGCAGGAAGUGAUAUGACAGUGUCACAGAUCUUGCUGACGCAGCAUGGAAUCCCAGUGAUGAACCUAUCUGAUGGGAAAGCAUACUGCUUUAAUCCGUCACUCUCUACGUGGAACCUGGUUUCUGACAAGCAAGACUCACUGGCCCAAUGUGCAGACUUUAGGAGCAGCCUGCCAUCCCAGGAUGCCAUGUUGUGCUCAGGACCGUUAGCCAUAAUCCAGGGCCGCACCUCCAACUCUGGAAGGCAAGCUGCCCGGCUUUUCUCCGUGCCUCAUGUGGUACAGCAGGAGACCACGCUGGCCUACCUAGAGAACCAGGUUGCAGCAGCACUCACCCUACAGUCCAGCCAUGAGUACCGCCAUUGGCUCCUUCUUUAUGCACGGUACCUCGUGAAUGAAGGGUUUGAAUACCGACUUCGAGAAAUAUGCAAGGACUUACUGGGUCCGGUUCACUGCUCCACUGGAAGCCAGUGGGAGUCAACAGUAGUGCUCCAAAACCUAGGAAUAAAUCCAGCCAAUAUUGGAUUUAGCACACUGACUAUGGAGUCUGACAAGUUCAUAUGUGUCCGAGAGAAAGUCGGGGAGCAGGCACAAGUGGUGAUUAUUGACAUGAAUGACCCAAUGGCACCCAUCAGGCGUCCUAUCUCAGCAGAGAGUGCCAUCAUGAAUCCAGCUUCUAAAGUGAUAGCUCUGAAAGCUGGGAAGACUCUUCAAAUCUUUAAUAUUGGGCUGAAGAGUAAAAUGAAGUCUCAUACUAUGGCAGAAGAGGUGUUAUUUUGGAAAUGGAUCUCUGUGAACACUAUUGCCUUGGUGACUGAGACCAUGGUCUACCACUGGAACAUGGAAGGUGACUCCCAGCCCAUGAAGAUGUUUGAUAGGCAUGCUAGUCUGGCUGGGUGCCAGAUGAUCCACUACCGAACUGAUGAAUACCAGAAGUGGCUGCUCCUUAUUGGCAUCUCAGCUCAGCAAAACCGUGUGGUUGGAGCAAUGCAGCUCUAUUCUGUGGAGAGGAAGGUUUCACAACCCAUAGAAGGCCAUGCUGCUGCCUUUGCAGAGUUCAAGAUAGAAGGGAAUACCAAGCCUGUCACUCUCUUCUGCUUUGCUGUACGCAGUUCCACAGGAGGCAAGUUGCACAUAAUUGAAGUUGGACAGCCUGCAGCAGGAAACCAGCCUUUUGUAAAAAAAGCUGUGGAUGUGUUUUUCCCUCCAGAGGCACAGACUGAUUUUCCAGUGGCUAUGCAGAUUGGAGCUAAACAUGGAGUUAUAUAUUUGAUCACAAAGUACGGCUACCUACAUAUGUAUGAUUUAGAGUCUGCUGUGUGUAUCUACAUGAACCGUAUUAGCGCUGACACAAUCUUUGUAACUGUUCCACAUGAACUAACCUCUGGGAUUAUUGGUGUCAACAAAAAAGGACAGGUGCUGUCAGUUUGUGUUGAGGAAGAAAACAUUGUGAGUUAUGCAACCAAUGUGCUUCAGAAUCCAGACCUGGGUCUGCGUUUGGCUGUUCGUAGUAACCUGCCAGGGGCAGAGGAGUUAUAUGUGAGAAAAUUCAGUACCUUCUUUGCACAGGGGAACUAUGCUGAAGCCGCCAAAGUAGCAGCAUCUGCACCAAAGGGAAUUCUACGUACCUGUGAUACAGUCCAGAAGUUCCAAAGUAUACCUGCCCAGCCUGGCCAAGCCUCUCCUUUGCUCCAGUACUUUGGAAUCCUGCUUGACCAGGGUCAGCUCAAUAAACUUGAAUCUUUAGAGCUUUGCCGGCUAGUUCUUCAGCAGGGGCGCAAGCAACUCUUAGAGAAGUGGCUGAAAGAAGAUAAGCUAGAGUGUUCAGAGGAACUGGGAGAUUUGGUCAAAACUGCUGAACCUAUACUGGCUCUGAGUGUGUACCUUCGGGCAAAUGUACCAAGCAAAGUUAUCCAGUGUUUUGCAGAAACAGGCCAAUUCCAAAAAAUUGUGCUCUAUUCCAAAAAGGUUGGUUAUAUCCCAGACUGGAUCUCUUUGCUGAGGAGUGUGAUGAGGAUCAGUCCAGAACAGGGUCUGCAGUUUUCCCAAAUGCUAGUGCAGGAUGAGGAGCCAUUGGCCAACAUUAACCAGAUUGUGGACAUUUUCAUGGAAAACAGUUUAAUUCAGCAGUGUACUUCCUUCUUGCUGGACAUCUUGAAGAAUGAUCACCCAGCUGAGGGGCACCUCCAGACCCAGCUGUUGGAAAUGAAUCUGAUCCAUGCCCCCCAGGUUGCAGAUGCCAUCCUUGGAAAUCAGAUGUUUACACAUUAUGAUCGAAUCCAUGUUGCCCAGCUUUGUGAGAAGGCAGGCCUCCUGCAACGGGCGCUAGAGCACUACAGUGACAUCAAUGACAUCAAGAGGGCUGUAGUCCACACCCAUCUUCUCAAUCCUGAGUGGCUUGCCAAUUUCUUUGGUUCCUUGUCGGUGGAGGAUUCCAUGGAGUGUCUACAUGCCAUGUUGUCUGCUAACAUCAGACAGAACCUUCAGCUGUGUGUGCAGGUGGCUUCUAAGUACCAUGAACAGCUGGGCACACAGUCCUUGGUAGAGCUUUUUGAAUCCUUCAAGAGUUAUGAAGGCCUCUUCUACUUCCUGGGCUCAAUUGUGAACUUUAGCCAAGACCCAGAUGUGCAUUUGAAGUACAUUCAGGCUGCCUGCAAGACAGGGCAGAUCAAGGAGGUGGAGAGAAUAUGCCGCGAGAGCAGCUACUAUUACCCAGAUAGGGUGAAGAAUUUCCUAAAGGAGGCUAAGCUCACAGACCAGCUCCCCCUCAUCAUUGUGUGUGACCGCUUUGACUUUGUGCAUGACCUUGUCCUGUAUUUAUACCACAACAACCUGCAGAAGUACAUUGAGAUCUACGUUCAGAAGGUCAACCCUAGCCGUCUCCCAGCUGUGGUUGGAGGGCUGCUUGAUGUGGAUUGUUCUGAAGAAGUAAUUAAAAACUUAAUCAUGGUGGUGAGAGGACAGUUCUCUACUGAUGAGCUGGUGGCUGAAGUAGAAAAAAGAAACAGGCUCAAAUUGCUUCUUCCCUGGCUGGAGUCUCGGAUUCAUGAAAGCUGUGAAGAGCCUGCCACUCAUAAUGCACUGGCUAAAAUCUACAUUGACAGCAACAAUAGCCCUGAGCGCUUUUUGAGAGAGAAUGCCUACUAUGAUAGCAGUGUGGUGGGCCAGUACUGUGAGAAGCGGGACCCACAUCUGGCCUGCAUUGCCUAUGAGCGGGGACAGUGUGACCUAGAGCUCAUCCAGGUUUGCAAUGAAAAUUCUCUGUUCAAAAGUGAGGCCCGCUACCUGGUACGCAGGAAGGAUCCAGAGCUGUGGACCCGUGUCCUUGCAGAGACCAACCCAUCUAGGAGACACCUAAUUGACCAGGUGGUACAAACAGCAUUAUCAGAAACACAGGAUCCUGAAGAGGUUUCAGUCACUGUCAAAGCCUUUAUGACAGCUGACCUCCCUAAUGAAUUGAUUGAACUUCUGGAGAAGAUUGUUCUGGAUAAUUCUGUCUUCAGUGAGCACAGGAAUCUCCAGAAUCUGCUGAUCCUGACUGCCAUCAAGGCAGAUCGAACACGGGUCAUGGAGUAUAUCAGCCGCCUCGACAACUAUGAUGCUGCAGACAUCGCAAGCAUUGCCAUCAGUAGUGUGCUGUACGAGGAGGCCUUCACCAUCUUCUACAAGUUUGGUGUGAAUGCCUCAGCGAUCCAGGUUCUGAUUGAGAAUAUUGGAAACCUAGACCGAGCAUACGAGUUUGCAGAAAAAUGCAAUGAGCCUGCUGUGUGGAGUCAGCUGGCCCAAGCACAGCUUCAGAAGGACUUGGUGAAGGAAGCCAUCGACUCCUACAUCAGAGCAGAUGACCCUACCUCUUACCUGGAAGUUGUUCAGGCCGCCACCAAGAGCAACAACUGGGAGGAUCUAGUGAAAUUCCUGCAGAUGGCUAGGAAAAACAGCCGUGCAUCCUAUAUAGAGACUGAACUUAUUUUUGCAUUGGCUAAAACCAGCCGUCUGUCUGAGCUAGAAGAUUGCAUUAAUGCACCCAACAAUGCCAACAUCCAGCAGGUUGGAGACCGCUGUUAUGAGGAAGGGAUGUAUGAGGCUGCCAAACUGCUAUAUAACAAUAUUUCUAACUUUGCCCGCCUGGCUUCCACUUUGGUCCACCUGGGUGAGUAUCAGGCAGCAGUGGACAGCAGCCACAAGGCCAACAGCACUGAGACAUGGAAAGAGGUAUGCUUUGCCUGUGUGGAUGGGCAGGAGUUCCGCCUUGCACAGCUGUGUAGCCUUCACAUCAUCAUUCAUGCAGAUGAGCUAGAGGAGUUAAUAUACUAUUACCAGGAUCGAGGAUACUUUGAGGAGCUCAUGUCCCUACUAGAAGCAGCCCUGGGCCUGGAGAGGGCCCACAUGGGCAUGUUCACUGAGCUGGCCAUUUUGUACUCCAAAUUCAAGCCUCAGAAGAUGCCAGAGCACCUGGAGCUCUUCUGGUCCCGUGUCAACAUCCCAAAGGUGCUGAAGGCCGCAGAGCAGGCACACCUCUGGGCAGAGCUGGUGUUCCUCUAUGACAAGUAUGAGGAAUAUGACAAUGCUGUUCUCACCAUGAUGAGUCACCCCACUGAAUCUUGGAAAGAAGGUCAGUUCAAGGACUUCAUUGCCAAGGUUGCCAACAUUGAGCUCUAUUAUAAAGCCCUACAGUUCUAUUUGGACUAUAAGCCUCUGCUCAUUAAUGACCUGCUAUUGGUGCUUUCACCCCGGCUGGACCACACCCGGACAGUCAGUUUCUUUUCAAAGGCAGGCCAGUUGCCCCUAGUGAAGCCUUACCUGUGUUCAGUCCAGAACCACAACAACAAAAAUGUGAAUGAAGCACUCAACCAUCUGCUGACUGAAGAGGAAGAUUAUCAGGGCUUGAGGGCAUCUAUCUAUGCCUAUGACAACUUUGACAACAUCAGCCUGGCUCAACGGCUAGAGAAGCACCAGAUGAUCGAAUUUAGGCGCAUAGCAGCCUAUCUUUACAAGGGCAACAAUCGGUGGGCCCAGAGUGUGGAACUCUGCAAGAAGGACCAUCUCUAUAAGGAUGCCAUGCAGCAUGCCUCAGAGUCGCGUGAUCCUGAGCUAGCGGAGAAGUUGCUACAGUGGUUCCUGGAGGAAGGAAAGUGGGAGUGUUUUGCAGCCUCUCUCUUCACCUGCUAUGAUCUGCUUCACCCAGAUGUGGUGCUCGAGCUGGCCUGGAGACACAACCUCAUGGAUUUUGCUAUUCCUUACUUCAUUCAGGUGAUGAGAGAGUUCCUUAACAAAGUGGACAAACUAGAUGCCUUGGAGAGUCUGCACAAGCAUGAGGAGCAUGUGGGGGAGCCUGCCCCACUUGUGUUCGGCCAGCAGCUGACGCUGACAGUGAGCUCUGCUGGCUUCCCCUAUGGAUAUGCAGCUGCUCCUACCUUCACCCAGCCUCCUGUGUUUAGCUUCAGUGUUUAGUGGGUAUUCAGUAUCCACACCCCACUCCACCCAAUUAUUAAUUUCUCCAAGAAACAUUGUACUCUGGACACACAGAGAACCCUGAUUGGGAAGCAGGACACACUGGCUGUUAUUCAUUUUUACUGAAGCUCAAUGAUGGCAGCUAUUGAGCCAUCUUAGAACCUGGGAAGGUCUCAGUAGACCCUGACUGCCCAAGAAGACAAGCACCAACCACAGUGGGACUACUGCUUCCAGACCCUCUGGCUGGAGCCAGGCAUUGCUAGGGAAGUUCUUUUCUACAAGGAUUCCCUGAAGCUUGGUAGGAGGGGCAUUCUCUUCACCCCAUAUUGGCUGAGCUGCCCUCUCCAGGCUACUUUGCAGACAUAUAGGAUUUGUAUGGAGAUGCCAAACCUCAUGACUCUGAGUCUCCUGCUGAUUAUGAAUAUUAAAAGUUGGUUUAGCAAGACGAA